GAGCGGAACAGGCGCAUGAGUUCUCUGUUCCGCUCCUCUCGCCGCCGACUUCCUACCGGUGUUCAGAGUUUCUGAGAAAAUUGAACUACUUGCCCAUAUACCACGAUUACAACCCAGGUGCCAGAUCGCCUGCCCACAAUGAGAGGGAAUUCCAAUUAGAGCCUCAUGCGGCGCAGUGGAACGAGGCGGUUCCCUUGGACAACCCCCACCCAUUCAUCAGGCUGUCGUCGGGCGGAGGCUAUUUUCCGGAGCAGCGACGAACAUCAUGGACGCUAUGAAAGAAGAGGAGAAGUGUUCCGGAUGCGGAUUGGUCGUGGAUAUCCUGGUGACUCGCUUUGAAUGCCGUGAGGAGGGAUGCCACGCAGGCGUGAUCUGUACUCAAUGCUUCAGCUAUGGAGUCGAGUUCGGCGAUCACAAGAGUGAUCACUCCUACGCUGUUUUGACUGCAGACCAACCUCUACUGGAUUGGGACUGGACAGGAGCUGAAGAAAUCAAACUUCUCGAAGCCAUCGAAGCGUGCGGUCUCGGCAACUGGGUCGACGUCGCCAAGAGGAUGGGGAACAAAACGGAUCUGCAGUGUGAGACACAUUACAUGAAGCACUACAUUUAUGGCUCUGCAAGCGUAGACUUAGAAGAUCUGAAGGGCGAUGAUAAGAAGGAUACGAUUCCUCCUGAGUACUACAUCGGGCCGUCCCCUGUGCUCUAUCUGCCUUCCAAGGUGCCCUUGAGACCUGAGCUCGGGAGUGUGGAACACUCCGAGCUCUACGCUGGCUACUGUCCACCUCGGGGGGAUUUCUUCGAUGAGCCGGAUGCUGCUGCGGAUAAAAUUCUCAAUAACCACAAGUUAUCAUGUGUUUAUUUUCCGUUUUUUCCAGAGUUGCAAAUGGCUAUGGUGCAAAUUUAUCGCUCUCGUCUGAUUCAGCGAGAGCGUAUCAAGGAGGUCAUCGCGGAACACGGCCUGCUGGACGCUUCGCAGAACGCUCACUGGAUUUCAAGAUACGCCGACGACUUUGGUGAACGGAAUGUGCGAGGUCUCCUCCCGCUGGUUCAGAUCAUGUCAGCCGAUGCUUUCCUGUCAGCGAUGGAGUCAAUGAAAGCCGUCGAAGAGCUCAAGCACAAAAUCAGCGCACUCCAGAAGGCCCGAACCAACGGUCUCAAACGUUUAGAAGAAAUUCCCCAGUUCAAACGACUCGAUAUCCAGCGGCGGAACCUCCAUGUGAAACCUAGCCAGUGCAGAGACGUGUUCUUCAACCGCAAGAACGAUGCUGCAUUGGAGAAGUUCCUUCAGAAGCGGUUCCGCGAAGAAGCGUCCAAGAUAACGUACGAUGGCGAUCAUAAAGGAGCCCGCAAGAAGAAACCAGCUCCCCCACCGCUGGCCAUCGAAAAUUUCCCGAACUUCGAGAAGCUCUCCCCGCAAGAAAAAGAGUUCUGCUCCACCCUGAGGCUCGCUCCCUCUUCCUUCCUCAGUAUGAGAAAUCAAUUACUCGCGGAGUGUCGCAAAAGCGAAGGACUCCGGCUCUCUCGAGCGCGAGAAGUGUGCAACAUCGACGUUAACAAGACGAAACGUCUGUACGACUUCCUACUGGAAAACAACCAGAUACAUCGAUGA